AUGGAUAUUCCUUAUGAAAAAAUGCCAGCAUUUGAACAACCAUCAUCAACCGAUUCUACGAACGAUGGUAUUAUUCGUACACAAGUUGCCGCACCACGUGUCCGGCAUUAUUUUGUAUUUUCACUCUUUUCGGCUCUCUGCUUAUGUCCAGCAACCGGUCUUAUUGCUUUGGCUUAUUCAUUAAAGAGCUCAGCUAAAGCUGACGUUCAAUUCCAUGAUAAAGCUCGGCUUUAUUCCCGUCGGGCUUUAAUUUGGAACUUAUGUUCAGUCGUUUUCGCUUUCCUAUCAGUCGUCGCGGUUUUAAUCGUCUGCUAUUAUUUUAAUGAAGCGGUCAAUAAUUACAGCAGCUCGUUUGAUAGUAUGUUCCGCCAACAGCGUCGCAAUGAAAUCAAUAGUGAAAUCAACCGAAUGAUUCAAUCGUUCAACAAUGAAAAAUGA